UUCCCCACACUUGCUGCUACUCCGUCCAUCUUCUCUUCUCUUCUCUUCUUCUACCUAUCGCUUCAAGAAACGGAGCCAAGCUUGCCUCCACGGCACCACCGUCGAGAUCGCCGGUGCUGCUCCGCCGAUCGAUCGAUGGGCUCCUCCGAGCAGAAGGUGAUCGGGAUCGCGGCGGCGGCGGAGGAGGAAGGGCGGCGGUGCUGCGUCGAGUGCCGAGCCACCACCACGCCCAUGUGGCGCGGCGGCCCCACCGGACCCAGGUCGCUUUGCAACGCGUGCGGGAUCCGGUACAGGAAGAAGAGGAGACAAGAGCUAGGCCUAGACAACAAACAGCAGCAGCAGCCUCAACCUCAACCUCAACAACAACAAGAACAUCAUCAUCAUCAAGAAGAUCACAGUGAUGCAGCAAGUUCAGUAAAAGACAGCAGUAGCAGCAGUAGCAACAAAAGCAGCAGCCUCCAAGUGGUGAAGAAAAGGAGGGUCCUGAUGGGAGUGGAGGAGGCUGCAAUCUUGCUCAUGGCCUUGUCCUCCUCAUCUACACCCACACUGCUACAUGGCUAAGAACCUCACACCAUUGGUGCACAUUGUACAUAUACAUGAUACAGCACAGCACAACACAACACACAAACAACAGACCACCCAAUGAUUUCAAACCAGUGAUAUAACUGUCUUGGAUUAUCAUCAGGAUGAGAUAGGAGGGGGAGGCCAUUUUCAUUUCCAGGAUGAUGUUGAUGUCAGGUGGGGGACUGGAUUUGGUACUUGGAUCCAUCCUGCCUCUUGUGCAGAUCUCUAAACUUGUCGUGUCACUUCGAAUCCGAUAGUGAAGGUGGCCAUGCCAUAAGGAAAUGUUUGUGGUAGAAGAGGGUAAGAAGCUGGUCCUGUCUUUUGCUGAUCAUGGAAGGCUGCUUGUAAUUAGUUAGAGGUCAUUUUACACCUCUCAUGUGCCCCCCCCCCCCCCUUUCUGUUGAUAUGUUUUUAUGUUCUUUUCAGCUUAAGAAGGAUGGUGACCAAAAGAAAACAUCACCCUUCUUGGCUUUUGUGUGCAAUAGAAUCAAGUGAAUAAAAAUGAUUUAUUCGUUUUAUUUCAGUCAUUGCAGCAAAGUAGAUUUUUCUGCUAUCCUCUCUUGGGA